AUGAAGCUGCUGGCCAAGCGGAACGAGAUGCGGAAGGAACUGGACCGGACGAACCACGAGACGGGCGCCGCGCAGCGCGACAGGGACGAGCGUAGCAGAAAGUUCAAGCAGCUGGAGAAAGAGUACUCGAGCGGAGCCAGCGUGGAAUCACGUCUGGCCGCCAAGAGGAACGGCCACCUGGGCAGAGUGCCCGGCCAGAGCUUCGCCUCUCCUCGCCGCUCGCCCCACCCGGCGCCUCUGCGAAGGGCCUUCAGUCAGGAGCGUGCCCAGCGCAGCCGCAGGCCUUCCCAUGAGCUGGCAACCAAACCGAAGCAGCCAGCACUGCCCAAGUCGAAAACUUUUGGAGCCGAACUGAACAAGCGCAGUAUCCCGAGCAGCGCGAGUACCGUGUUUGGAGACCACUUGGAGAAGUUUGGAAACCCCAAGGCGGCCCUGGAAGAGGCGUACCGCAAGCUCAACUCUGAUGACUGGGAGCGGGAGGUCAGCGGCCUGACGGACCUAGUGCGCCUGUUCCGCUACCACCCGGACAUGGUCAGCGGCGACCUCAAGAACGUCUCGGCCGCCGUCAUCAAGCAGAUGAAGAAUCUGCGCUCGCAGGUGCUGCGUGCCGCUGUCCAGACCAGUUGCGAGAUGUUCCAGCACGUCGGCAAGGGCGUUGAACCGAACCUGGAGAAGAUCGCGCGAUUCUGCUGCAGAAGACGAGCGACACCAACAAGUUCAUCAAGGCGGACAGCAACCGGUCGCUGGACGUAA